AGAGAAAAUGUUAACUUUAUUUUGUUUUUUAUUCUUAUGAAGAAAUCUGUAAAUUCACUGAACCUUCCUCUCUUUCCUGUUUCUUCUCUGAUUCCACAGUCCAAUCUUAAAGAUUAUUUAUUUCCUUUUUUAUUGCUACUUGUCUUCUUCAUUAUAUCUUUUACUUGUUUAUUUCAUAUCAAACCAUACCCACUUUAUUUCUUCUUCUGUAUUUUCUUACAAACAAAGAAAGAUUUCAUUUUUCUUCUUGUUCCUCUGCAUAAAAGCUUCCAACCAAGAUUUCGAUUUCAAACGUUAAUUUCGUCUUCUUCUUCUCGCUGCUGAAGGAGAGUAUCGCUCUUACGACUUAAAAGCUCCAAUCGAAUCUUCUCUACCGGGAAACAAAAGUAUCGUCUUUCUAGUUCCAACAAAAGAAAAACAAUCGUCGGAUAUUUAUCUGCAUUUCGGAAAAGUAAUUUCAUCUUCAAAGUUUCUUCAUCCAAGCUACAUUGACAGAAGAAACCAAAAGCUAGUUGCUUUUGACAUUUGGGUAUACAUUGAUCUGAUUUUUCAGAUCAAACCUCAAGCAAAAAAAAAAGACUCCUCUUUUAGAUGAUUCGUGAAAUCUCUAGUCUACAAAACGACAUCAUAAACAUUCAAGAUCAUUAUUCACGCAACAACAACAUCAUGGAUAUGAGAAGAGAGAACCGAAAAGACUUUAGUUUUCGUGGAUCAACUCAAGCUCCGAUGAUGAGCAAACAAGAAUAUUUUCGGACAUUGACGUCUCAGAACAGUCCGAGGAGGCUAAUAUCGGCGAGUUACUUCAGUUUUGAGUCUAUGGUUGUGCUUGUGGGUCUCACAGCAUCUCUCUUGAUCCUUCCGUUGAUUCUUCCUCCAUUGCCUCCUCCUCCGUUUAUGCUCCUUCUGAUUCCUAUUGGGAUUAUGGUUUUGCUUAUGGUUCUUGCUCUAAUGCCUUCUUCUAAUGCCAAACAUGUAACAAGCAGUUAUAUGUAACCCGAAAAAGGAAACGUUUUUCUUAAAUUGAAGAAAUCCUAUCAAAGAAAGGGAGGUUUUUUUUUUUGUCUAUUGUUUAAUUUGUCAUUACGCAAGGUUUCAGGGUAAUAGAUUUUGUAUAAU